AUGUCAUUCAACCAUCCCUCUGCUCAGUUCAAGUUUGAGGCUCUCAGCAGUGUCAGCACAAGCCAAGACUUGGAGGACGAUGGCUCGAGGAGCGCCACUCCAGAAAGCCACAAAGCCGAGUGCAUUGGAUAUCAAUCACAUGGGCAAGGUGCCCCCUCAUAUUCCUGUGGACAUUAUAAGUACAGCAGAAGUGAAGGGUUCAAAUGCUCCCAACCUUCACAGCCAGACCUAGAGACUUCAGACAAACUACUGGAGCAGGGCCAGAGAAAAGGCUCUGAAAAUGCUGAUAAGUUACCAUCUCAUCCAAAGCGAAAGAGAUCUGACUCAAAUGAUACACUGAGCAACUUUAGCAAGGACCUGACCAAUGUACAGGCAGCAUCAAUGCCAGCUAUGGAAGUACUGUGGAAGCGCAGGAAGCUAGGACAAGAAUCCAAGUUUGACUGUCGGGAAUCACUGGCAUUGGCUAAGGUUGCAGGCGAUAUAGCAGUCAUGAUUGAAGCUGUGAAUGUGAUUCGAGAGGCUGUUGAUAAGCAGAGCAGAAUUCUUUUGGAGGUCUGCAACGCUAUUGAGAACCAUGGGAUGUGA